UACACACUGUUGUAAAGCAGGAGGAUUCUGGCCAUUGUUUCCCCUUCAGGUUUCCAUGGCAGUAGUAACCACCAAGUACCACCGGUUGGACACAGUUCCAAUCUAAGGCUGGGUUUUUUCAUCCCAUCUACCAACCCUUUGGUGUUACUCUGUGCCGUCAAGUUGGAGGUGACUUAUAGUGACCCUAUUAAGGUUUUCAAGUGAUUUUUGAGCUCUUUGCGCAGCCGAACGCGACGGAAAGCUGCUCGGGUCGUCUAGCAGCCGAGAAACAGGUGAAGAGAGAGGACAUCAUGUUAAGCUUUAUGGCAGAAGUCAUGGACAGCAGCAGUUUCAUCCAGUUUGAUGUUCCUGAGUACAGCAACACCGUCCUGAGCCAGCUGAACGAGCUUCGCCUGCAGGGGAAGCUUUGUGAUAUCAUUGUCCAUAUUCAGGGCCAGCCGUUCAGAGCUCACAAAGCCGUUCUAGCUGCCAGUUCUCCGUAUUUCCGUGAUCAUUCGGCGUUGAGCACCAUGAGCGGCCUCUCGAUAUCGGUCAUCAAAAACCCCAGCGUCUUUGAGCAGCUACUUUCUUUUUGUUACACUGGAAAGAUGUCCUUGCAGCUAAAGGACGUGGUCAGUUUCUUAACAGCCGCGAGCUUCUUGCAAAUGCAAUGCAUCAUUGACAAGUGCACCCAGAUACUAGAAAGCAUCCACUCGAAGAUCAGCGUCGGCGAGGUCGACUCCGUCACGGUUGGGGCCGACGACGCUCCCGAACACCACAACGGGGUGAAAGACGACAGCUAUUUUGCCAACCCGGUGGAGAUCUCCCCUCCUUACUGCUCUCAGGGGCGGCAGUCCGCUUCGGCCGGCGAUUUGAGAAUGGAGACGACGCCAACCAAGUCCCUGCGCAGCCGUCUGCAGGAGGAAGGCCACUCGGACCGGGGAAGUAGCGGGAGCGUUUCGGAAUACGAGGUUCAGAUCGAAAGCGAGCACGACCAAGGGGACGUGGCCGUCCGAGAGAGCCCGGCUGCAGAGGUAAAAGUGAAGAUGGAAAAGUCCGACCGGCCCAGCUGCUCCGAUAGCUCUUCGCUCGGGGAUGACGGCUACCACACGGAAAUGGUGGACGGCGAACAAGUCGUGGCCGUGAAUGUGGGCUCCUACAGCUCGGUCUUGCAGAACGCUUACUCGUAUUCUCACGGCGCGUCCCAGGCUGCUGGGCUGUCCGAAACCUUUGAGAGCCUGAGGAACUCCAGCAGUUCGCGAUCUAUCCUGGGUUCGUUCAGAGGCCGUGGGCGUCAGAAACGGGUCUCCUCCAGCCACCUGCAUAGUGAUCUUCCGGGCCUCGUGCAAGGAGCCGACGCCGAAGCCGUCGGAGGUCACGCGGUGUACGAAAGCAGCCCGCGGGAGAGGAAUUCAAGAGGCCACUGGUACGCGUACAGUGAAAGGCUAAUCUGUAUAUACUGCGGGAAAUCUUUCAACCAGAAAGGGAGCCUAGACCGGCACAUGAGGUUACAUAUGGGGAUCACCCCCUUUGUGUGCAAGUACUGUGGGAAAAAAUACACCCGCAAGGACCAGCUGGAAUACCACAUCCGUGGCCACACAGACGACAAGCCUUUCCGCUGUGAGGUCUGUGGGAAGUGUUUUCCUUUUCAGGGCACCUUAAACCAGCACCUGAGGAAGAACCACCCGGGGGUGGCAGAAAUACGAAGCCGGGUGGAGUCUCCAGAAAGAACAGAAGCCUAUAUGGAGCAGAGAGAAGAUGAUGCCUCAGCCCCGGAGACGCUGGAUUACAGCAUGGACGUGCACACGUCCGAUUAAAAAGCUCCUCAGUGCGACCCGAGCAAAGCACACCGAUCAAUGCAUUUCCUCCGUGUCCCUUUCUAUCAUUUUUCUUUUUUUGCAAGCGUUUGUAAUAGCAUUGUGAUUUUUUUUUCCCCCAGGGAGGGCGGGAAGCGUUCAUUAUCAUUUUUUUGCAGAUCCCGUGGGGGUUGUUUCUGGAUAGAAGGCUGCUGCUUUGUUUUGAAGGAAGUAGGGUUAGUGUUGCUCUUGAAAGAUGUUUAUUAUCAAGGGCAGAGUAUUCUAGAAAUGAUGCACUUCGUGGUGGGGGGGCUGGCUCUGAUGGUGGAAAAGGUGCUAAAAUAAGACAGGUAUUAUUGGCAGAUACAGUAUACCAGGACAAGAGUAUUUCUCUCACACUGUCCUUUAUGCAUUGCAAUCUUAUUGCACGUUUACUUUGGGAGUUCAGUCCCACUGAAUACAGUAGGAUUUAAGGCCGAGACAGCGUGCUAGGAUUGCGGCCGUAACCAAACAGAAGUUGUGUUAGGAGGUUAUACACGCUUCCCAGUGACACACACACACCCUUUGUGUG